GGAGCAAGCGGAGGCAGAUAUGAGGAACUUCCUGAUCAGAAGCAGGCUGGAAGAAGAGGAGAAUGAUUUCUUCACUGAACUGCUGAAUUUUGAUCUGAAUUUGGAGCAUGAACGUGACUCAUUUCGCUUGGCUACAGUAGAUCCAGUGUGUCAGCUAAGGAAAACCUGCUCUGCAGACUGAUGUCACAGCCUCCAGUAGCCAAUCAGCAUGCAGACUGGGUGCAAGUCCUUCAGCAGGUGGUAUCUGUGAAGGAACAGCAGCAGGCUGUGAUGGACAGACUGCAGGAUGAGUGUGUUGCUCUUGAGCAAGAGCUAAGCACUGCUGGACUGGAGGAGCGACUGCAUGCUGCAACAGCAGAGGAGUAUGUUGGUGUUCUGGAGCAGAUACCAAAGGAGAUCUUGACCGCACAUUGCCCUUACCCUGAGGCCAAAGAAUCCAUCAUCAGGGCCUUCAUCAACCUGUCGGAAAAAUACUCAGAGCGCCUUGAGGCAGCACGCAGCAGGUUGCUGGGCCUGGACAGGAAUUGUGGCUGGAAUGAAGAGGAUCAUUUGCGGUUCCUCCACAUCGUAGGUCAAUAUUCACCUGAGCUAAGAAACCACAGAGGGCUCUAUAUGGACAUGCUCCAGAGAAUUCUACCCCAUAUCUCCAGAACAGAAUUGAAUGUCCAUGAGCGUGCCUGGGACUGGUACAGGUUCAGCAUGGAGCAUGAGAGGCAGCUGUUGGAGAGUUGGCACAGGGAGCAGACGUUUCUGCAGCUGCGGACUCUGCAGUUGCUGGAGGAUGCCAGAGUCAUUUAUGAUGAAGAGCAGAGCCUGCAGAGUGACAGAGUACACCAGCAACACAUCUGUGCCCAGCUUAGACUAAAGAUGCAGCAGUGGCGUGAGCAACAGGAAGAGGUGGCUCAGAUGGAGGCGGCUGUAGCUGAACACUGGCAGGAAGAGGAGAAGGAAAGACAGAGAGAGGAGCAAAAGAGAGAACAUGCAAGGAGGACCAGACAGAAACAACAAGUGCAAGAGUUUCAUGAGGAACAGCAGAAGAGGAGAGCAAAGUGGAGGUGCAGGGAGGAGGCGAGACUGGUGCAGCUCAGGAGAGAGAUGGAGGAGCAGGCAAGGAGAGAUAAAGAAAGGGUGCAGUUCAGAGAGAAGUUGCUUCAGCAUCGCAAGCAGGAGCAACAAGCUAAAGAGAGACUCAAGCAAAGAGAGGAUGAGGAGCGAGAGGAGAGACUUCAGACACUACGCAAUCAGGUUGCCAUUGUUGCGGAUGCAGACCCAGAGAGGAUGAUGGGACAUACUGAAUCCUGGAGAACCCACCAACAGCCUGACAAAGAGGAAUUCAUGCUUCAGAGACCACUUUAUCACUUACACACCUAUACAGACACACAGAUCGUGUCGGACCCUCGGGUGCGUGUAGAGCAGGCGCUCAGGAAUGCAGGUCUUCAUCAAACACAUUACGCAAGAGCACUGCUUUCAGAAAUCCCACCACCGAAACCACCGCGACGGGACACAGAAUCCACCGCCUUUAAGUCCUAACCUUUUUAUAUCUCUCUCAUGACAACUUAUGUGGGAAAGAAAACAAGAACGGGAACAGGACAUUCUGUUCCACAGCAGAGCGACAUGAUUUUUAUUCCAGGCAGAAACUUGAAUAAAAAGGAAAAGUAAUAGAAAAUAAUUUUUCUACAUACUGCAUAAUACUGGAAAUAUAAUGCUUUACCAAAACGAUGUAAUAUUCUAUUUUAAAUGUGAAUUUAUAAUUCAGUUAAAUCUGAACAACAAUACUGCUGAAAUGAGGGUUACACUUGUGGGUCCAUUAAUGUGUGUCUAAGAGACGAUGGUUUUGAAUAUGGAUAAGUGUCCAGUCUUUGAUGUAGUAUGACUGCAGGUUUUUAAAUCCAAUUGAUCAGGACUUCACAUUUGAGUGUAAUAUUUUACCUUCUAUCUCCACUUUUAACUCCAUUUCAAAAGAAGAAUCACAGUGUUUGCAUCUUUGUACAUCAUACAUAAUAUUGUGUCAAAUAACAAGCUGUCGUGAAACCCCAAGUGUAACCCAAUGGUUCUGGUGAAAGUGUGUGAAUAUUGGGGUCUCUCAUCACACCAUGUAUCUUAUGCAAUUGAGUGUGUCCCCCAUAGUCACAGUCUUUCAAAUAUAGUUCUUAUUCAGUAGAAAAGUACUUUUACUUUUGAUACAUAAAUAUUUAAAAAAAAGUAAAAAUAGUUUGUUACUGGAGUAAUACUGUGGUUAAGUUUAUAUUUUUACUCAAGUACCACACAUAUUUAAUGAUCUGGACUUCCUCUUUGAAGACUGAUGGGUUCAGUCUGAAGGCACCUUACACAUAACAGUUAAUCUGGUCAUUAUCUAAUAAACCACCUGAUUGAAAUACUUUA